GGAAGACCUACGUCACUCAUCGGAGGGCGUUCCCGCCACGGGCCUUUGUUGUCGUCAGCGCGCCGGCCGCUGUUGACAAGACGACGCGAGGAAUGACCUGAAACGACGUUCACAAACCGUCUCUACCCUCGGCUGAAUUGGAGAGGACCGCUUGCAGCCAUGGCACGUCGCUCGGACUACUCCGUCAGGGACUCCCUCUACUGGGAUGAAACUGAAUGCCUCGAUUACUACUGGAUGCUGUCCCUCCACGAAGUCUUCCAUAUUGUUGGCGCUCAGCUGACAGAGACGGACAUCGAAGUGCUUUCUUUCCUUCUGGAUGAAACCUUUAUUGGACAGCACCCCCUUGACCCAGUAGGCUGGACGGUGGAGCCAAACGGGGCGGGCCCAGACAACACGGGCAUGUCCCCCAGUCCUGCACUGCUAAAUGCCUGGAGGAGGUUGCGACCCCAGGACCCCCCUUGUCCCGUGGCAUCACGACACAAGCCCAAGAGUGGACUGGAGUUGCUCUUGGACCUUGAGAGGCGAGGGUAUGUAAGUGAGGGCAAGCUGGAGCCGCUGUUGCAGCUACUACGAGUCCUCACCCGUCACGACCUCCUGCCUUUUGUGACGGGCAAGAAAAGGCGGACAGUAUCUCCAACAAGGAUUGGACAGAGUUAUGCAAUGGGGAGCCAAGAGCUGUUGUGUCCUCCCAUGCCAAACUCCACCAACUUCUGGAGAGCUGGUAAUUACCCCCCUGUAUCUGGGCCAGCCUCCAGGAGGAGGAGUAAGAGGAGAGGCCAUGGCUGGAGUCGCAGGUCCAAAAGAACAGAAAGAGUCAGUUGUCCCCCCAGCUACGAGAGAAAAGAAUCCUGCGACAUUCGGCUGCGCGUGCGGGCCGAGUACCUGGAGAACGAGUCGGUGCUGCGCGGCGGGGUCUCCUCCAACAAGCCGCAGCCGCUGGAGCGUCAGUUCGAGCUGUUCAGCCGGGCCAGCUCGCUGCUGGGGUCCAGGGACUUGGGCUCCGUCAUCUGUGACAUCAAGUUCACGGAGCUGAACAACCUGGAGGCCUUCUGGGGCGACUAUCUGAGCGGCGCCCUGCUGGAGGCCCUGAAGGCCGUCUUCAUCUCCGACACCCUGAGGCUGAUGGCAGGCACCGACGAUAUCCGCCUACUGAUAGCCGUGGACCAGGAUGACUACGAGGAGGCUCGCAGGAUACUGUCGAGGAGGCUGCGUCCCGCCAACGGUGCUACUCCAUAGAACUCCCGGUUGAGACUAGUUAAGGGACAAAUUCAGUUUUCUUCUUCUUUCUUGCCUCACUUGGAACAGAAAGCAAGUGAAUCUACUCUAGCGGGUACGGGGGGGGGGGGAAACGGCAAGACAAACUGGACUUCACGAACAACUCGGCAUUGUUAGGCGCUCACAGACUGUCUUGGAAAUGGCUGCACUUAGAACUCAAAUGCACCUGGAUGCCAGCCGAAGGCUCGUGGAUUUCUCAGUUGUAUAGUUAGAUCGGUUUAACCCGGCAAGGCGGCAAUCUUGACCUUCAAUAGAUUUAUUCCAGUUGUCAGUGAAUGACAUGUCUGCCUGAGAUGAAUAGUCAAAGUAUUGAACGCUUGUUUGUUUUGAUAUUUUCCAAGUUUUGUGAGCAAAUUGAACUCGGGUGCCCAGGGAGAACCCACUAAGAGGAGUGCAGCCUUUUUGUUCUGUCUGACAUUGGCUCUGAAAAGUCAAUACACACACACACACACACACACACACCAAUAACGAACACUAGUGCGCCCAUCCUUGUGUGCCAUCGAUAACCAAACUUGUGAUUGCCGUGGUCAGUGGACAUGGCAGGUGCCAGGAGAUGACAUCCGUGAUUAGGACUGGGCCUCGUCGGACCGUGGAAGCUUCAUCAUCACAAGCUUGUCAACAGCAAGCGGGAUAACACAAUGGCAUCUUGUAUCCGGGCUUCCAGCGAGACCUCAGCAAGUGCUUCUCUCAGCGAGCGAGGCGCGGGACGGUGCGGUCGGUCAAUAGAAGCGAUGUUGGGGAGAUCAAAAUCAAAAGUGCUCAUCCCAACUCCACUCAGCCCUGCUAUGUAGGUCCAGUAGAGUGGCUCACAGACAGCUGUCUAGUCACCCUGCUGGAACUAAUGCCUGGACUUCACUCAUAGAGGACGAUCGAUAGGGCCUCUUGCUCUAAGUCCCCUAAUACAAGCUUGACUUAGGAGAACAGACUGCUUGCUACUGUCUUAAGCCCCGUACAAGACCAGGCAGAGACAACUACAGCGGUGGGACGCGGGACCUUCGAGAUAAUGUUUACUUUUGUGUUUUUUUUUUUGUUGUUUUUUUUUUACUUUGUACUGUGCUAAGGAGAAAAUUUUAAUUAAAAUAUUUGGUGGAAGUUCUCAUUUAAGAGGAUGUAUGUUUUGUUUUGACAUGUCAUGUCUUUUUCCGUGUGUAUAUUGAUCCAAUCACUUCUGGUGAAAUUAAAGAGUUG